AUGUCGUGCCUGAACGUGUUGACCAACGUGAACCUAGAGGGGGUGGACACCUCCGCCAUCCUCGCCGAAGCCUCCAAGUCCGUUGCCAACAUCAUCGGCAAGCCAGAGGCCUACGUGAUGGUUGUUCUCAAGGGUUCGGUGCCUAUGGCAUUUGGAGGUACCCAGGAGCCCGCAGCUUAUGGUGAGCUAGUUUCCAUUGGAGGCCUGAACCCUGAUGUGAAUAAGAAGCUGAGUGCUGGCAUUGCUUCUAUCCUGGAGUCAAAGCUGUCCAUACCCAAGUCGCACUUCUACCUCAAGUUCUAUGACUCAAAGGCCCAUCCGGCACAAGAACAUGCUCAAUGUUUGCAUGCUUUGCAUCAAGAAUAG